UAUUAGCCCCCCUUUUCACACUUCAUAGCUCUAUAAAUUAGUCACCUCCUACCAUUCUCCAUCUCCUACUUUCUCUAUCUCUUUCUCUCUCCAUUUUUCUCAAAAAAAACACACUCAUAUUUGCAGAGAUCAACAAUGGAGGACAUUGAUUGUUUUUGGACAUUUCAUGAGAGUUUUGAUGAGCUAAAACAGAAGCUUCAAUAUGUGACAUAUGAGCUUGAAAUUACAAGAAAAGAAACAAAUGAAGAAAUAAGGAAGAACAAUGAUGAUAUUAAGAAACUUCUUCAACUUCUACAAACAACUUGCAAAGAAAGAGAUGAAGCCAAAAUUCAAUUGAAAAAACUCCAACAAAUUAUGUCAUUUAAUAAACCAAACAAUGUUAUUACUGAUCAUAUUAUUCCUACUACAUUUACAACACCAUUUUCCCCUGAUAGCCCACUUUUAACCACAAAUUUUCCAACAAAAACAAAUUCAAGUAUCACAGAAUCAAGCAGUUUUUCCUUAGAAACUCACACCACCACCAACAACAACAAUAACAAUAAUAAUAACAUUGUUUCAUCUCCUGCUAUUUCUUCUCCUGAUUCUAGUAACAUUGUUUUUAGUACCAAACAAACCACCAAAAUAGUUGACCAACAAUCAUUGAUCAUUGCAAAUUUAGCCAAAGGGAGGGCCCUUCCGCCAAAGGGGAAGCUACUACAGGCCGUGAUCGAGGCGGGCCCACUUCUUUCGACGUUAAUGGUGGCGGGUUCCUUGCCUCAAUGGCGGAACCCGCCAGGUUUAUUGACUCAUCAGAUCCCUCCUGUUAACCUUAAAGGGUGUGGAGGGAUCGUAACGAGUCACUCCUCUGAAAAUACUAAAUUUUGUACGUCUCAACAAUCACAAUCCUCUAACGUAGCACCAAACUUGUACAGUGGUACUGGAGUUAUGUGUCACACUAAACAAGUUGUACGUCCUGAUGUUGUUACUAGUAGUUUUGUUAAAGGGUUGGGUAACUCUGGAAUGUGUAAUAAUGGAUUAUUUGGGAUUUAUCCAAGUCCUAUGUUGGAUUUUGGGAGUGGAUCAUCUGGGUCUUGUUUGAUGGGUGGGAGACUGAUGAUUAAUUCAGGUGCGAGUUUUGACUGUCAGAAUCCUAAGAGGCAGAGAAUAAUUUGAAAAUAAUUUUUGUCUCUUUUUUUUCCAAUAUUUUUUUUUAUGUAUAUUUUGGCAGAAGAACUUGUGUAAAUGUAAGAAUUAUGAUGAAUUAUAAUCGAAUGGCUAAUUUAGUGUUUUGGAUUGAAAA